GGUAACUGUUAAAUUGUUGAUAAAAAGAAAAAGUCUUCACAUUAUACACGAUUUCAAAAUAGACAGUGAUAAAUAAUUUUAUUCCGAUCGUCAGAUCUCAGUUCCUCCUCUUCUUCUUCAGUUUUCUCUAGGUAUUGAGAAACAGCAAAAAGGUUAUGGGUGGAGCACAAAAAAAUACUGACAUGGAGGAAGGAACUCUAGAGAUUGGAAUGGAAUACAGGACUGUCUCUGGUGUUGCUGGACCUCUGGUUAUCCUUGACAAAGUCAAGGGGCCCAAGUACCAGGAAAUUGUCAAUAUUCGCUUAGGAGAUGGAACAACCCGACGUGGGCAAGUAUUGGAGGUUGAUGGGGAGAAGGCUGUUGUUCAGGUUUUCGAAGGAACAUCUGGCAUUGACAACAAAUAUACAACUGUCCAGUUCACUGGGGAGGUUUUAAAGACACCUGUCUCCUUGGACAUGCUUGGUCGUAUUUUCAAUGGUUCUGGAAAACCUAUUGACAACGGCCCACCUAUUCUCCCUGAGGCUUACUUGGAUAUAUCUGGGAGUUCCAUCAAUCCUAGUGAGAGAACCUAUCCUGAAGAAAUGAUACAGACUGGAAUUUCAACUAUUGAUGUCAUGAACUCAAUUGCCAGAGGACAGAAAAUUCCUCUUUUCUCCGCUGCUGGUCUUCCCCACAAUGAAAUAGCUGCCCAGAUCUGUCGUCAGGCUGGUUUGGUGAAACGUUUGGAGAAAACAGAGAAUCUUCUCGAGGAUGGUGAAGAGGACAAUUUCGCCAUUGUCUUUGCAGCUAUGGGAGUGAACAUGGAGACAGCACAGUUCUUCAAACGUGAUUUUGAGGAAAAUGGAUCCAUGGAGAGAGUGACCCUUUUCUUAAACUUGGCCAACGACCCAACAAUUGAACGCAUUAUUACUCCUCGUAUUGCUCUGACAACUGCAGAAUACUUAGCAUAUGAAUGUGGGAAGCAUGUCCUUGUCAUAUUGACAGAUAUGAGUUCUUAUGCUGAUGCUCUUCGUGAGGUGUCUGCUGCUCGAGAGGAAGUGCCUGGAAGGCGUGGAUAUCCUGGUUAUAUGUACACCGAUCUGGCAACUAUCUAUGAGCGAGCUGGACGAAUUGAAGGAAGAAAGGGUUCCAUUACUCAAAUUCCUAUUUUAACCAUGCCUAAUGAUGACAUUACACAUCCGACCCCAGAUCUUACGGGUUAUAUUACUGAAGGGCAGAUAUAUGUCGACAGGCAACUUCAAAAUAGACAGAUAUACCCUCCAAUCAACGUGCUUCCAUCCCUGUCUCGUCUAAUGAAGAGUGCCAUUGGUGAGGGCAUGACCCGUAGGGAUCAUUCCGAUGUGUCUAACCAGCUGUAUGCAAACUAUGCCAUUGGUAAGGAUGUCCAAGCAAUGAAAGCUGUGGUUGGAGAAGAGGCACUUUCCUCAGAGGAUCUGCUAUAUCUCGAGUUCCUUGACAAAUUCGAGAGGAAGUUUGUUGCCCAAGGGGCAUACGACACCCGCAACAUUUUCCAAUCACUCGAUUUGGCGUGGACACUGCUCAGAAUCUUCCCCCGUGAGCUUCUUCACCGUAUUCCGGCAAAGACUCUCGACCAAUUCUACAGCAGGGAUGCUUCCAACUGAUGAGAGAGAGAUAUAUAUAUAUUCGGUUUUUUUUUUAUGCGGUUUGAGAUACAUUUCUUGACAUAUAUUUAUUUAUAUUCUUUGAAAAGAGAACCAGUUUAUUCAUUUAUGUAUUAUUGUGUUCGGUCUUGAUGAGUGGUGCUUUUGGGAUCCUUAAGUUGAAUUUUCGAUACCUUUUUUUGUGGUUUCGACCGUUAAAGCGAAGCGACUGCGUUAUAUUGUUUCCUGGAGAUGUAUGCCUGUUGAGAAUUGGUUAUGUACCUCUAUGUUUUAAUUUAAUAAAUGAGGAUUUCUUCUGUA